CGGUCUGCGCGCGGCACCGCUUCCGGCCGGCAACAGUGAAGCGCUGGGGACCUGGCUGUCCAGUCGGUGGGGGUGGCCGCUGGCCGGCGAAGACCGAGGACUUGACCGCUGCACGCCUGGCUCGGUCGGCCCAGGGCGUGGACGCAGCCUGGCCGGCCUCGGGAUCUUCUGCGUCCGUGCCAACGAACGACACCAGCUCAUCGCCGGGACUCCGCGUCCGGGCCCGGAGGCCGCGUCCCUGCGGGCGGCCGGGCCUCAGGCCACACAGGGGCCGACUGGCCGCUGUUGCCUCGGGGUCGGGAGCAGCGGACAGCCCGCGGGUUCUGCAGCUACGCGGCUCGCAGGAAGCUGUAGGGGAUGGCCUCCGGGUUACGGACGGCUUCGUAUUGGGUCUUUCAGCUGAACAUGUGGAGAAGCAGACUACAUUUCCCAGUGUCCCUGCUGCUUCAAAUCCAAAUGUGGUGACUGAAUCUUAGACCUGAGUUCCCCAGCAAUGGAGCCAUGCAUGGCAGAGCAAAAAGAUGGAAGGGAUUAUUGUCAUUCAAGGAUAUAUCUAUGGAGUUUACCUGGGAAGAAUGGCAGCUGCUGGAUUCUACACAGAAGUACCUUUACAGGGAUGUGAUCCUGGAAAACUAUAGCAACCUGGUAUCAGUGGGGUACCAUGGUACCAAGCCUGAUUUAAUUUUCAAGUUGGAGCAAGGAGAAGAGCCAUGGAUAAUUGCCAAAAUUUCCAGUCAGAGCUGUCCAGAAGGCUGGGAAGAAUGGUACCAGAAAAAUCAAGAUGAGCUUGAAAGUGUUGAGAGGAGCUUUGCUUGUAAUGUGUUUGGAAAACUUCAUCUGAGCAAAACCUGUGUCUUUUCAAAACAAAGGCUCCAUAAGUAUAGCACACAUGGGAAAAGCCUGACACAAAACUCAGAUUCAAGCAUAAGUUAUGUAAGAAAGAAUCUUGAUAAGUGUCAUGGUUAUGAGGAAUCAUACUUCCUAAGGCAUAAAAGAGGUCAUGGCAUAGAAAAAAACUGUGUGUGCAGUGAAUGUGGGAAAGCUUUCCGUUGCAAAUCACAGCUCAUUGUACAUCUCAGAAUCCACACGGGAGAGAGACCUUACGAAUGCACUAAAUGUGAGAGAGCCUUCAGUGCCAAGUCAAACCUUAAUGCUCAUCAGCGAGUUCAUACAGGAGAAAAACCCUAUUCAUGUGGUGAGUGUGGGAAAGUCUUCUCUUUCAGGUCACAGCUCAUUGUGCAUCAGGAAGUUCACACAGGAGGGAAACCUUUUGGUUGCAGUGAGUGCGGGAAAGCAUACAGUUGGAAGUCACAGCUUACCUUACACCAGAGAAGUCACACAGGAGUAAAACCCUAUGAAUGCAGUGAGUGUGGGAAAGCCUUCAGUUUGAAAUCCCCCUUCGUUGUACACCAGAGGACUCACACUGGAGUGAAACCCCAUAAGUGCGAUGAAUGUGGGAAAGCCUUUAGGAGUAAGUCGUACCUCCUUGUCCACAUCAGAAUGCACACAGGAGAGAAACCUUAUCAAUGCAGUGAGUGUGGGAAAGCCUUCAACAUGAAGACGCAGCUCAUUGUACAUCAGGGCGUUCACACGGGAAAUAAUCCGUACCAGUGCACUGAAUGUGGCAAAGCCUUUGGUAGGAAGGAACAACUCAGUGCACACCUGAGAGCUCAUGCAGGAGAGAAGCCCUAUGGAUGUGGUGAGUGUGGGAAGGCCUUCAGUAGCAAGUCCUACCUUGUUAUACACAGACGGACACACACGGGAGAGAGACCCUAUGAAUGUAAUUUGUGUGAAAGAGCCUUUUGUGGAAAAUCACAGCUGAUUAUCCAUCAGCGAACUCAUUCAACAGAGAAGCCUUAUGAAUGCAAUGAAUGUGAAAAAGCCUAUCCUCGGAAGGCCUCACUUCAGAUACACCAGAAAACGCAUUCCGGAGAGAAACCGUUUAAGUGCACCGAGUGUGGGAAAGCGUUUACUCAGAAGUCGUCUCUUAGUGAACAUCAGAGGGUUCACACGGGAGAGAAACCAUGGAAGUGCUCUGAGUGUGGGAAAGCUUUUUGUUGGAAUUCAGGACUUCGCAUACAUCGGAAAACUCACAAGUGAAAAAUCAGAAUGAGGUGACUAUUAGAAGCUUUCACACGGAAGCUGAUACUCAGGAGAUUCCAGACAACAGUAGGAUGUAUAAACAUACACUGAUCACACGUAAACCUUGUAAGACGAAUAAUACUCGGAGUGAGUUUGCAAAAGCUUUCAGAAACAAGUCAUACAAAUCUUUUAGACAAUAUUUGAAGGAAUGAGGAAUGAUAAAUAUACCAAAUGCAGUAGUAUCAUGAAGAUUUGGAGAAUUCGCACUUAGAACACCUUAUAAAUUUAGUAAAUCAGAAAAGCAUUUCCUCAUAGCAGGUGUGUUACAUGGAAAGUCACAUUCCAGAUUUGAAGCUGUUUUUAUAAGUUAGUGAUUAAAAAUAGACUUUCAUGAGAAAGUGUAAGAUUGUUUUUGUUUUAUAAUGUAAAAUAAUUGUCAAGAAAGGCAUAAGAGUAUACAAGAGCUUUCAAAAAGUACAUGGAAACUACAUCUUUAAUUAUCUUUUCCAUGAACUUUUUAAAGCCCUCAUAUUUUGAAAGUUAAAGGAUAUUUAGACUUUCCUGAGUUAACACUGAAUAUUAUUUUUUUAAAUGUUGGUAUUUUAUUCUUAAAUGUAAUUUAUUACUAUAUAUUUGGUGGUUUGUGUCAUAACAUCUCCCAGUAUUCUUCAUAUUAAAUACUAAGUAUCAGCAUUAUCUUUCUUAGCAAUAUACUAAAAUAAUGUGACUUAAAAUACCUGAAAGAUUCAGGUCCCCAAGGCAGUGAGCUUUUUCAGUGGUCUGUCUCUAAGCAGGACUGGCAGUUAUUACAGGGUUGCUUCUUAAGGGAACUCAUCACAAUGAACAUUUAUUGUAUUUUAGCAGUUUGCUAUCCGUUGCUAUGAGCCCCUCUGUUUUUGCUAGAGAAAUACCACCUCUGUCCUGUGCUUCUUGGCAGUAGUGCCUUCAGGUAUCCUUCCCACUAGCCCGUCAUCAGAUAAUGGUAAUCUCUGCCGAGAUGUGCAGUCUGACGUGAUCAGAAGGGACAUGUGGGAAUUUAUUUGUUCCUGUUCCAGAGUCCAAUUAAGACCUUCAGUUAGUUCUGCCGAAUUGAUUCCCAGGAUAACUGUGGAUGCUAUUCCAUUUUGAACCUGGUUCUCUGGGCUGUGUGCUUCCUUCUAUUUUCUCAAUAAAAGUAUGUUUUUAUUUUUUGCUUAA